AUGGAAAUAAACGCCAAAAAGACGGGAAAACUGUUGAUUGAGGGGAAGACCAAACAAGUGUUCGAAUUGGACGCGAAUCUCGUGCUCAUCCGCUCCAAAGACCGCAUCACAGCUGGGGAUGGAUUGAAGAGCCACGAGAUGAAGGGCAAGGCGGUGCUCUCCACGCAGACCAACGCCGCGCUCUUCGAGUUCCUCAACUCGGUGGGCGUGGUUACGCACUACGUGUCGCGCGUCGCCCCGAGCAACGCCGACCACGAGUUCUCGUUCGUGGCGAAGAAGUGCGCCAUGAUUCCCAUCGAGUGGGUGUCGCGACGCGUCGCCACCGGCUCCUUCCUCAAGCGCCACCCCAACGUCCAGGAAGGUCAGUAUGUUAUGGGGUCAAAGGUCACACACUCUAACCUCCAACUCGCAGGUCACCGCUUCUCGCCGCCCAAACUGGAGACGUUCUUCAAGGACGACGCCAAUCACGACCCCUUCUGGUCACGUGAGUCGCUGGUCGCCGCCAAACUCGAACUCAACGGUCUUCUCAUCGACGAGUCACGUGUGCAGCAGAUGUUGGACACGACGCGCGCCGUCUUCGAGAUCCUGGAGCGCGUGUGGCAAACGGCGGAUCACGCGCUCAUCGACAUGAAGAUCGAGUUCGGCGUCAUCGACGACAACGGCGUCAAAGAGAUCGUCGUCGCCGACGUCAUCGACAACGACUCGUGG